AUGUUGAAGAAGAUGAGUGUGUCAGGGAGGACUGCUCAGGAAAUGAUGAAGAAAUGGAGCCACUACAAAAAAGAAUGUCUGCUCAGGAUGCAUGCAGAGCCCAGUCCCAAAGAAUUGGUGUGCAAUCGUAUGUUUGACGGUUAUGCUUGUUGGCCAGAUGGACGACCCAACUCAACUGUCAAGGUGCCCUGCCCCUGGUACCUAGCUUGGUACAACCAAGUGCUCGGUGGCUUUGUACUGCGUGAAUGUGGCCCUGAUGGCAAAUGGGCCACCAGAAACUCAAGUCACACCUGGAGGAACCAUUAUCAGUGUGAUGCUGAUCACAGCCAACAGGAAGCUCAGAAGCAGAUGAUGAUUUUAGCCUGCUUCAGAGUCAUGUACACAGUGUGUUACUGUCUUAGUCUGGUCAGCCUCUGUGUGGCUCUGAUUAUUCUCCUCUUCUUCAGUAAGCUCCGCUGUACCAGAAACUACAUCCACAGCAACUUGUUUGCAUCGUUCAUCCUGCGAGCUCUGUCCAUCCUGACUAGAGAUGCUCUGCUGAGUAAAACCCACCCGGAGUUCAGACACAGCAGAGAUGUCUCUGAAGUGCUCAGUGAACAGGGAUUGUCCAGCUGCCGUGUGGCCCAGGUACUAAUGCAGUACUGUGUGGGAGCCAACUACUACUGGCUUCUGGUGGAAGGCCUGUAUCUGCACAACUUGCUUGCACUCGUGGCGUUCUCUGAAAACCGCUUUUUCUGUGGAUAUCUACUCAUUGGGUGGGGCACCCCAGUGUUAUUUGUUAUCCCCUGGACUGUUGUACGUUGCCUGCAUGAAAACACAAGGUGUUGGGAGAUAAAUGAAAACAUGGCUUACUGGUAUAUAAUCCGCACCCCCAUCCUCAUGGCCGUAAUGGUGAACUUCUUCAUCUUUAUUCGCAUCAUUCUGAUCCUCAUAUCCAAACUGAAAGCCCAUCAGAUGAGAUACACUGACUAUAAAUUUAGACUCACCAAAUCCACGUUGACCCUGAUCCCUCUGCUGGGGAUCCACGAACUGGUGUUUGCUGUGUCGACAAACGUGCAAACCGAGGGAGUCUUCCGCAAUGUCAACCUCUUCUUCCAGCUCUUCUUUAACUCUUCUCAGGGUUUCCUGGUAGCCGUCCUGUACUGCUUUGUCAACAAGGAGGUGCAAACAGAAAUAAAGAAAACAUGGCAGAGGUGGAAGCUGGGACUGACUGACUUAGAUGAACUGAGGAACACUGGCAGCAACACCCCACAGGCUCCUGUCAGCAUGCCUCCAUCUUCCCAGUGUCACCAUCUGUCUCUUUACCAGCCACCCGCCCGCUGCCCAGAGGUCAACGACCUUUCUUCCAUCCCCCACACCCCUCCUCCUCCUCCUCCUCUUCCUCAGGUUCCCAUUCCUCACUCCUACACCCAGCAGCAGGACAAGAUGGGA